ACAAUGAGAUCUCCGUGUUGUUCUGAGGACAAUAACAACCUGAAGAAAGGGCCAUGGACUCCAGAGGAGGAUCAGAAGCUUGUAGAUUACAUUAACAAACAUGGCUAUAAAAGUUGGAGAUCACUUCCAAAGCUCGCUGGCUUGAGCAGGUGCGGCAAGAGUUGCAGACUGAGAUGGACCAAUUAUCUGAGGCCUGAUAUCAAGAGAGGACAUUUCACCGACCAAGAAGAGCGUAUCAUUAUUGAGCUUCACGCAUCUCUCGGAAACAAGUGGUCGAGAAUUGCUAGUCAUCUUCCAGGGCGGACCGAUAAUGAAAUCAAGAACUUUUGGAACACUCAUAUAAAGAAGAAAAUGCUCCGAAUGGGAAUUGACCCUAGCACACACAUGCCCAGGACUGAUAUGAAUCAACUUUUGAAUCUUUCCCACAUAAUUUCUGCAGCACCAUUUGGAAAUUUGAUGAACCCUUGGGACAAUAUUGCCCAACUAGCACAAAUCCAAUUCUUGCAAAAUUUGCUGCAGAUUUUGAAUGCAAGCUCAUCACUUGUUCCAAACAUGGAUAGCACCACUAGCACUCUUUUAGGCUCCCAAAGUCUCAAUCCAUUAUUUCAAGGACAAAUCAACAACACUCAAGUGGUGUCGCCCCAAGAUGCUUCUCUGAGUCCGGGCUCAAUCCCUGAAGCAACCGACCAAGACUUUUGGGUUAUUGCAGAUUCUUGGAAGUGCUCAGGAGAUCUUGAUGCUUUUAGUAACAGCUUUAAUGGUAGUUGCUAUCCUGAGAAAACGCUUCCUCAGUUGGUUUCUGUCUCUAAUGAGAUGAAUACUAUCAGUCAAAUGGAAAGCAAGGGCAACACAACACAUCAUCUCUCCACCAGCUCAUCACCAGCCUCCUCCACUUUUGAGGAUUGGAAGAAACUCCUGGAUGAUGAAAGCAGUGAUUCUUAUUGGGAAAAUAUUCUGAAGUAG